GUGUUUCUCAUGGCCUCCUAGAUUAGAAAGGCGGAAUGGCUGUCGACCUGCUCUGGACACAUAUGACGCUGACCCUGCUGAGACGCGCCAGCGGAAGACCUGUGCGGUCCGUACAAGAAGAGAGUCCGCCAGAAACUUGAGCCCUGCAUUAAAAGACCCUGGUGUUUCUCAUGGCCUCCUAGAUUAGAAAGGCGGAAUGGCUGUCGACCUGCUCUGGACACAUAUGACGCUGACCCUGCUGAGACCUGGGUUUUGGUUCUAGAGAAGAAAGCCAACUGUUUUGAGGAGUGUUUUUUUUGUUUUUGUUUUUGUUUUUUUUAUCGGAGCGGAGCGAUGGCGGCGGCGCACCGGAAGCGGCACGCCGGAAGCCCGGUGGGCGUGCCGGAGACGUGUCUUACUGGGAGCCUUGAAUGCGCUUCGCGGGUGUCGGGACCUGGAAGGCUGUGUCCGGUCCUCCUUCGCUUCGUGGGCCCAGCGAGGCAGCGUGGGGAGGCGGCGGCGACGGCGACGGCGGCGGUCCGGCCUGGGAUCGGAGGCCACCGGGAGCCCAGCCAUGGCCGACUCGGUGGAGCGGCUGCGACAGCGGGUUGAGGAGCUGGAGCAGGAACUCGCCCGGGAGAGAAUCGGGCGCUCCGGAGGGGACGGCCACUGCGGCCGGACCCGCAUCCAGGAGAUGAGCGACGAGGUGGUGGACUCCAAUCCCUACAGCCGUCUGAUGGCAUUGAAACGGAUGGGAAUUGUCAGUGACUAUAAGAAAGUCCGCACCUAUGCUGUAGCAAUAGUAGGUGUUGGUGGAGUUGGUAGUGUGACUGCUGAGAUGCUGACAAGAUGUGGCAUUGGUAAGUUGCUACUCUUUGACUACGACAAGGUGGAGCUGGCCAACAUGAAUCGGCUUUUCUUCCAGCCAUACCAAGCAGGACUGAGUAAGGUCCACGCAGCAGAGCACACCCUGAGGAACAUUAACCCUGAUGUUCUGUUUGAAGUUCACAACUACAAUAUCACCACAGUGGAACACUUUGAACAUUUCAUGAACAGAAUAAGUAAUGGUGGAUUAGAAGAAGGACAACCUGUUGACCUAGUUCUUAGCUGUGUGGACAACUUUGAAGCCCGAAUGGCAAUAAAUACAGCUUGUAAUGAACUUGGUCAGACAUGGAUGGAAUCUGGGGUCAGUGAAAAUGCAGUCUCUGGGCACAUCCAGCUAAUGAUCCCUGGAGAGUCGGCUUGCUUUGCGUGUGCGCCACCACUUGUAGUUGCUUCAAAUAUUGAUGAAAAAACCCUGAAACGAGAAGGCGUCUGCGCAGCCAGUCUCCCCACCACCAUGGGCGUGGUGGCCGGUAUCUUGGUACAAAAUGUAUUAAAGUUUUUGUUAAAAUUUGGCACUGUCAGUUUUUACCUUGGAUACAAUGCAAUGCAGGAUUUUUUCCCUACCAUGUUCAUGAAGCCGAACCCUCAGUGUGAUGACAAAAACUGUAGGAAGCAACAAGAAGAAUACAAGAAGAGGGCAGCAGCGUUGCCCACGCAGGAGGCUGAGCCCCAGGAGGAGGCAGAGGUGGUUCAUGAGGACAACGAGUGGGGCAUUGAGCUGGUAUCUGAGGUUUCAGAAGAGGAACUGAAGAACUCUUCAGGUCCCAUUCCCACUUUACCUGAAGGCAUUACAGUGGCAUACACAGUCCCAAAGAAGACAGAGGAUUCUGCUUCUGAAGUAACAGUGGAAGAUUCUGGUGAAAGCUUGGAAGAUCUUAUGGCCAAGAUGAAGAACAUGUAGACAGUGUCUGGCUUCUGUCUUAUUUUUCUGUGCUUAUGCUAUUCCCUUGGAAUUAAACAACCGGAACUAAUAAAACUUGACGCCACCUUAGUUGGCAUAUGUAUCUUC